UGAUUCUGUGAGAGAUGUGGUGGUUAAAUCUUAAACGCUUAUAAAUUUAGAGUAGAUGGUUUUGUUUUCAUAACAUAAAACGGGUUGAGAGAUCAGAAAGCAUCGAUGGAGCAAAUUAGGGGUUUGUAUCACUUGGUAGUGACGGUGACGUGCUUGGUGUGUUUAGGAUUUAAUGUUAGCAUGUGUUCAGGAUCGGAUUCGGAUCCCUUCAUCAAGGCUUACGUGUCUUCAUCACUACCGUCUCACGAUGGCUUGGUACAAAGUCUAUCUGCAUCGGAAUGGAAUUCACUUGUGAUCCAAUCUAAAGUCCCGGUAAUAGUUGUAUUCAUAGCCAAGGACUGUGCCGAAUGUGGUAGUUUGAUGCCCGAGCUCGAAUUCCUAGACUCAGAAUACGAAUAUAUGUUAAAAUUCUACACAGUCGACACUGACGAGGAGUUGGAGCUAGCAAAGGAUUACCGCAUAGAAUAUCAUCCGAUCACUAUUGUCUUUAAAGGCGGAGAAGAAAAGGAAAGAGUCCUCGGAUAUUACCCACAGAUGUUAGGUCAGCUCGCCAAUAAGUACCUGUGAUUUUCCUUGGCUCGUCCGAUUAUUUAUGUUUGCUGUUUCCUUUGUCAAACGUUUGCUACUACAGCGUCGUCAUUUGUCUCUUUCAAUUAUGAAUAAGACUUGGUAUGGUAUAAUGUAAGACUUGUUUGGCUAAUUGGUUA